AUGAACUCGGAUCCUCUGUCUUUGGCCGACAAGCCAGCUGCCUACGGCUCUUCUUGCGCCAACUGCGCCCAGUCCAAGCGCAAAUGCAUCGUUCGCGCCGCGGGCGGGCCGUGUCAACGAUGCUAUCAAACGAACAAAGAUUGUAAACCAGCAAAGACAGUGCGACGGCGGGGUGUUGCCAAAAAGUCCGCCGCUACUUCCCAAGCAAGCCGGCUGGAAGAAAAGAUAGAUAGCCUCGUAUCUUUAAUGAAAGCUGGGGGCCAAACUGGAGCCGCAGUUUCACAAGUCAUCAGUUCCGCAGAGGCUGCUUCAAAGCUCGGGACCAACCAAGAGAAAUAUUCGGCACCAGCUUCUGACGAUGGAUCUCGCUGGAACGGCCCUGAUGGAGAUCAAACUAAUGCAAGUACACCAGCUACGACCGACUCGGUAUGCUCACCCGGCAUAAGUGAUCUCUCCUCACAUGAGUCUGAAGAAUGCCUUAAUCACUUCCGCACGUUCAAAUUGCAGUAUUUUCCAUUCGUUCAUAUUCCCUUCGACAAAAGUGCUGGGGAACUCCGCAGAGAGCGACCCUUUCUGUGGCUUUGCAUCAUGGCGAUCAGCACCAAGUCGACCGCUCGCCAGCAUGAACUUGGUCUCAAGAUCCGUCAAAUAGUGGCACAGGAAAUGGUAGUUCAAUCUGACAAGAGUAUUGAUCUUUUACUAGGGCUGUUGACAUUUAUUGGGUGGGCGAGUUAUCAAUUCCAUCAAUUCCAUCCAAAGCCCUUUCUAUCUGUCUUCACGCAUCUUGCGACAUCAUUGGUCUUUGACCUGGGUCUGAAUAAACCGGUCCAGGUAACUCCAUCGACCUUCAAUCUUCACCAGUCCCCGAAACAUUCUACGCCUCGUACUAUGGAAGAGCGCAGAGCGGCGCUGGGUUGCUACUUGAUAACAUCAAUAAUAUCAUCAUUUUUUCAAAGGAUAGAAACGUUUCGAUGGACAACACAUUUGGAUGAAUCUCUCCAAAUUCUAGACGAACAAAAACAAUGCGUCAACGACGAGAUCCUAGUCCAACUAGUUCGAAUGCGUCUCAUUGUUGAGAAAAAUAGAACUCGGCAGGUAUCGUUGCAUGAUGCAUCCGAAGGCACCGGGCUUGCUGAUGACGAGGCCGCCCUAUUCUCGAACGUGAAGGCAGAAAUAUUCAAAUCUUCACCGAAUGAUGUCAUCCUACUACAUCUCUAUAGCAACGAGCUUGAGAUCGCCGCCUCCUCUUUAUCUUUAACUCCCUGCGAUGUCAAUGCAUCCCGCCAGGACCAUCUCUUCCACGCUCUCACAUCAAUUAACUCAUGGUUCAAUAUUCUUCUUAUGAUACCCCCAGCAGGAUACGUUUCAUUCUCGUUCGCCAUUUUCUCCCAGGUCUCUCGAUGUCUUCUCGCCCUCUACCGCCUUGCAACACUCGACGCCCCAAACUGGGACAAGAACCUCGUUCAACAGACUGCAAAUCCCCUUUCUAUUUUGAAUCGACUCGUGAAUGCCUUGGAGCAAGUCCCUGCUGUUGUUGGCAUCGACAACAGCAACUAUCCCAAUGGGGACUUAUUUUCUCGGUCAGCCCAGAUUCUUCGAUCGCUUCGCCCUGAAUGGGAAUCGAAGCUUGGCUCCGAUGAUAUGGUCCCCGUUGAGCCUUCUACACAUGAUCUCAAUGGGAUCCAAAUGCCGGAUGCUUCGUUCUUUGGAGAUGAUAGUCUGUAUGAUAGCUGGUUUAUGGAGCUUAUGUCUUGCCCUAUUUGA